AUAGGCAUCUGAAAAACAAUCAGAUGAUUGUCGCGGCCUCAGUCGAUGAACCGGGUCAUGCGUCACUCCAACGUGCCCACAUUGAAGGUUUUGCAUAGACAUGGAUGUGACUGUAAAAAGGGACACAUUGCUUGCGAAUUACUAUAUCGAUCAUGUACUGGACAUCCCACCCGUGGAACCAAAUAUCUGUCCCGAGUCGCUCCCUGGUAACUCCAGACGCCAUGGCAUCAUGAGUCCAUCGCGAUUUUGCUAUGGCAACCAUGGUAAACUAUAUGGUCGAUGGCAGUGUCUGGAUGGUUAGGCAGAUGGUGCUAUAUAAAAUAGCACAGGCUACUAAAUCAGCAACUAGUAUGGACAACCCUCUAUACAAUGUAUCUGGACGAUCACGGCAUCGAUAGAAACUCCACAAUCUCACGCCCCGUCACAUACGGAGUGACCUCGUUCAUCUCCAUCUCGCUCUACAACGUCCUCGAGCUGAACUUCCUCCUCCUCGUCACCUUCAAACGCCACAACGGGCUCUACUUCUGGAGCUUCUUCGCGUCGACAUGGGGCACAGCCAUCUACGCCAUCGGUUUCCUCCUCAGGGACUUUCACAUCUCCAGCAAAAUCACCUACCUUUACGUGACGCUCAUCGCCAUCGGCUGGGUCGCCAUGGUAACCGGGCAGUCGCUGGUCCUGUUCUCGCGCCUGCACCUCAUCGUGCGCAAGCCUCUCGUCCUCCGCUGCGUGCUGGCGAUGAUCAUCGUCGACGCGAUCAUCCUGCAGAUCCCGACCAUCGUGCUCUUCUACGGUGCCAACUCCCACCAGUUUCCCCGCUUUGUGAUCCCGUAUGCGAUCUUCGAGCGUGUCCAGGUGACGCUCUUCUUCGUCCAGGAGACCAUCAUUUCAGGCCUGUAUAUGUAUGAGACCUGGAAGAUGCUGUACUCGGAGGGUUCGCUCAACGGGGUCCACGGCGAGGUCGGCCGUCGUCUGCUGCAGCAUUUAGUAUACGUCAAUGCCAUCGUGGUGCUGCUUGGUAUCGCAAUAGUGGUGCUGGAGUUCACGGGGCGCUAUGCCUCGCAGACGGCCGCUCGAGGGUUUAUCUACAGCGUGAAGCUGAAAGUGGAGUUUGAUAUCUUGACGCGCUUGGUAGGGCUCGCGCGGAGGGCAAGCGAUGCUGAAGCAGGGUGGGCUUAUACGGCCGAUUCGCCGGGCGGAUUCUGGGAUGGCCAGACGGGCGACGGGCAGGGGAAGGACGGUAUUGCGCGCCGCAAGUCGGCAUUUUCCUGUCCCUGGUUUGCUCUUGCAAAAAGGGCCCAGAGGGAAGUGAAUGGGCCGCCUAGGAGCAGGACUGCGAGUAAGAGGGAGGAGAGGUCAUAA